UCGUACUUCUUCCUGUCAGAGCAGAGGCAGAAAAAAAAUCGAAUUUUUCGCGAAUUGAUAAAGCGCUGCGACCCAUUGGAGAAAAAUCUUUUCAUGAUCCGCUACUAAUUAUUGAUAGUAAUUAUUGAAACACGUCAAUUAAACAGUUUAAUUGCGCACAAAGCCAUCUCUGUGUGUUUGGCUAGUAUCAGGGCUUUUGCGUGUGGAUGAAACGAACUGUUUUAAUGGAGAACUGAAUUUGUUUUGGGAGUGGAUUCUAGUUUUCUUCUCCUGUAAUCAGUGGAUUAUCAGAAGUGUGAGGAGUGAUAACUUUCUUCCUGGAAGGUUUUAGUUUCUCUUUUGAGAAUGUAUCAAAGCGCCUGCAGCGCCGCUGCCGGUGGCUGUUCGGAACCGGAGCGCACCGAUCGGGAUGGAUUAAUUUCGCAUGAAUCCGCGGUGGCCCCAGUUGAACACGAUUACAGUGGAUUCGACAUUGUGAAAGCUACCCAGUAUGGGGCCAUUGGCAGAGUGAAGGAACUGAUCGAGGCUGGGUGGGAUGUAAACCAGCCGGACAGUGAAACGGUUACGUUACUGCAUUGGGCUGCUAUCAAUAACAGAAAGGACAUUAUAAAGUAUUUUUUGGAUAAGGGAGCGAGUGUUGAUGCCGUUGGAGGUGAACUAAACGCAACUCCGUUGCAUUGGGCCACCCGGCAAGGACAUUUAGGAGCUGUGGUCCUCCUGUUGGCUGCUGGGGCAGAUCCUAGCCUUCGAGAUGCGGAAGGUUGUUCGUGCAUUCAUUUGGCUGCGCAAUUCGGUCACACGGCAUUGGUGGCUUAUUUCAUUGCCCGUGGAGUUAAUCCUGACCUGCAGGAUAGAGGAGGAAUGACUGCGCUUAUGUGGGCUGCAUGGAAAAUAUCUGCCUUGGAUCCUGUGCGAUUGUUGUUAACUCUCGGCGCCAAUCCGAGUCUGGCGGAUCACACUCACGGAAAUACUGCACUGCAUUGGGCAAUACUUGCACGAAACGCAACAGCCGUAAGCACACUCAUUCUGAAGGGGAAAUCCAGUCUGGAAGUUCCAAAUCUCCGUGGGGACACUCCACUAAUUAUGCUCCAGCCUCAUCUGGGUUCCAUAUGGAUCGGAUCGAAGGUGUCGGAAAAAGUACGAGAACUUUCCCAGCAGUCCCAACGACGCAACAUGAUCAUCCGGUUUACCUUGGAUAAACGAUUCCGAUGGUGGUGUAUGAUCGCUACCCCAUUUCUCGUGUUCUAUCUGGCCGGGCUAAUAUUUUGCGCCGACACUUACAUCAUCAUCAAAAUAUUCCUACUGGGCUGUCUGUAUGCCAUUUCGCACACCAUCGGGCAGACCUUGUUCGACGAGACGCUGAUGGCGCUGUUGCCCCUCAGUGUGUAUAUGGCCACCAAGGCGUGGUUCUACGUGACCUGGCUGACGUACAUCGCGCCGACGGUGUCUUUCCUCGCAUCGGUAUCGUUCCUAACGUGUAGCGCCGGACUCUGGGUGUGUUUCCUGAAGUCCUGGCGAGGAGACCCGGGGGUAAUCCAACCCACCCAGGAGCAGCGGUUCAGGACAAUCAUUGAGCUGUCGGAACGCGGCGGCGGUGGCUUCGAGCCAUCGGCCUUCUGCUCUGCCUGUUUGGUGCGCCGUCCCGUUCGAUCGAAGCAUUGUUCGGUGUGUGACCGAUGCGUAGCCCGUUUCGAUCAUCACUGUCCAUGGGUUGGAAACUGUAUAGGUGCAAAAAAUCACAAAUACUUCAUGGGAUUCUGUUGGAUGCUGCUGAUCAUGUGCUGUUGGAUGCUGUACGGUGGAGCUAAUUUUUACGUGAAAGCGUGCAAAAUAAAUAUGGACGAAGUGUUAUCAGGUCUCUGGAAUGCGAUCAUCGCCAUCGGCUCUUGCAAUCCGUGGGUCGGCUGGGUUAUGGCGAAUGCAUUGCUGCACAUGUCAUGGGUCACGGUGCUAACCAUCUGUCAAACGUACCAAGUGGUGUGCCUGGGUAUGACAACCAACGAGCGGAUGAACCGUGGCCGUUAUCGACACUUCCAGGCGAAGGGAGGCAAGAGUCCGUUUACGCGCGGUCCGAUCAAGAAUAUGGUCGACUUUCUGGAGUGCAGCUGCUUCGGUUUGGUACAACCGCUGCGCACGGAUUGGAUGCAGUAUUUCGAUUUCGACAAACACGUGGAACACGAACCCUUGCUGCGGCCGGAUAACUUUCAGUACGUCUGAGCGCAGCAGAGGCAAACCAGUGACUCGGCGGAGGAAGACAGAACGACGGACCGGGCCGGAAGUGUGUCUGAAGCGGGAGAUACAGCUGGAAAUGAAACAGCAUGUGAUCGAGGGCAUGCUUCGGAACGGAUUGCGGAGCAAAUUAAUCUAGCGGCGGGAACCGAUGCCGAUGGAAAGGUAGUAGUUUAGAAACGGGUGUUGUGUUAUGUUUUUAUUGUUUUCAUUUAGAUUUGAUAGGUUCUAAGGCUCUCGUCUUAAUUCAGAAUGUUUCGAUUGGUUCUCGAAAGUGCAUCGUUCUCAGAUGUGGCUUUUUGCACUGAAAAAAAGCUAUUCCAUGUAAGUAAAAUAAAAAGCUUUUGCGGGCUGCGAUAACAGUGUAACUAAAAUGUGCUUAAACGAGUGUAGUAGAAUCGUGUAGGAAGAAGAAGACGUGAAUGAAGUCAAACAUACAGAAAAGACAAGUAUAUAUUUGGUACCUAUGUAUAUCAAAGCUGUUAGGGAAGAAAGUUAAGCAAUAGAAAAAUAUUUCCCAUUAGAUAGAGUUUACAUGUAUCCAAAAAAUAUUUUAUACGACAAAUCAAGGCGUAUUUAAUUCUUUUUGUUUUCGUCAAAACAAAAACAUGCUUCAUUAGACAGAAUUUACCAACUGCUGGAAGAUACUCGGAUCAUCAUCAUCUUGAAGAGGAAAACGGCAUCUUCGGGUUUUCCAUUCAUGGUACAAUGUGCGAAAUUCCACCAAAAAGCUGGUUAUAGUAUACGGAUCUCGCGCCAAUUCGACCAGAUGUUGGCAUGACCCUCUCAAAAUUGAAUGAAACUUUCUGGGCGUGAAGACCUUAGCUAAUUAGGCGACUUGACAUACUUAGGUUUCCGAAAAUUUAUCUGGACUAAGGAAAGGGCUAAAUAUUUUUGACCAUUUUUUUACUCGAAAAUGGUAAAUCCUACAAAAAUGUGGUCUAUGGAAGAGUUUUAGAUAAAUAAUUGAAUUUUUAGAAAAAAAACACUAAAAAAAUAUUUUUUGAAACUCUACACUGAAAAAAAAAAAAUGAUUUCAAAAUCUAAAAGUCGAUUUUCUCAAAAUGGUCAUCUCAGAUUUUGAUGAAAUGGUGGAUAAAUUGUAGAUAAAUAUGAAAUAGUGGAUAAAUUGUAGGUAAAUAUUAUUUACAUAUUUAUCUACAUUAUACAUAUUUAUCUACAUUAUACAUAUUUAUCUGCAUCGCAACUUGUGCAUAUUUAAGGCAAAAAAGUUUUUCUUACAAAAAGUUUUUCAAUAUUUUAUUAAAAUUAAGUUCAUGUCUUUUUCCAGUACAGAAAGCCAACCCAAAACAAGAAAAUAAAUAAUAAUAAUUUCAAAUCAAAUGUGAUAAAACUUAUGACAUUUUUUGACAUUAAAUUCGUUUUUAUUCAACUGAUCUUAUAACAUGUACAUUAGGGUGCCAAUGAAAAUGGUCAUCUCGAAUUUCAAAAAGUUGCCCCAUAAAAAAUGUUCAGCACGUCGAAGAAACACCCUAUACAAAAUAUCAGCUCAAUCGGAAUCAAGGGAAAGUGGCGCAAAGCGGUCAAAGUUAGAGUUUUUUGAAAAUCCAAAAAUCACCCAAGGGGGAGUGAAGGAAUGUCUUAAAAUUGCAUGAAACGUCGAGAUCUAGUGGCAUCUCGAAUUUUUUUUUUGUCUAGAACGGCACUUCGUUUUUUUUUCGGAGUACGAAACGAAAAGUAUGGUUUUGGGUGCAAAUAAAAAUAGUUAUCCCCAUUUUUUCAUUCGGUAUCUGCUACGAAAUGUUGAUUUGCACGAUAAUAUACCCUAUGCAGAAUAUUAGCUCAUUCGGACUUCAUUUACUAGUGUUACAAACGUUAAAAUUUAAGUUUUUGAAAACCGAAAAAUCGCCGGAAAUCUGGGUUUAAAAAAAAAUUGAUGCCAAAUGUCUUAAAAUUGCAUGACACGUCGAGAUUCGUUUCGUAUUCCGAAAAAACAAAUUUUUGAGAUGACACUAGAUCUUGCAAUUUGAAGACAUUUGGCAUCAAUCGAUUUUUUUUAAAUACCAAUUUCCUUUACUCCCCUCUACGGUGAUUUUUCGAUUUUCAAAAAAACUCAAACUUUGACCGCUUUGCGCCACUCUCCCAUAUGUCUGAUUGAGCUGAAAUUCGGCAAAGGGUGUUUUUUCGAGGUGGUGAACAUUCUAUAUAGGGUAACUUUUUGAAAUUUUAGGGUCAAUAUUUUCCCAUACAUUCAUUGGCACCCUAAUAUAUUUAUUACAAGGGAUAGCAGCGUUAAAAAUGAAAAAUAUAAUCUGACUACCCUUCCUUGUGCCUCUAUCUAGCUAAAUAAUCAUAUAGUUUGCACUCUCUGAGACUUGUGAAUCAGGAUCAGCUACAUUAGUUGAAUAUGAACCAUUCGCUUUGCGUAGUCCGUAUGAUCCUGCUGCUUCAUGAUGCAUGGAGAGGUUCGAGGUUGUUAAACGCAAAGAAGAAAAUAAAAUAUCUGCACCGAAAGCGUACAUGAUGGUUUUGGUUUGUUGGCUCGUAUGUCACGAAGUGCGAACCGGAGCAGAGUUGUCACGUUCUCUUUUGUGUCGUGAUUUGUAACACGUAAAAGCGAAAGAAUGCCACUGGGGGAAAUGAUUUCUGUAAAAGCAUUUUUGAAUCAACUAAAGCGGUUUAUUCUGAGGAAGGAUCAAUCGGCAAACCCUGCUCACUCGCCUUCUUUAGAUGAGUAACAGAAAUUCAAUUUCGUGGUACAUUUUUCAUUUUGUUUAACUGCCCAAUCAUAAAGUUCUAGUGCUGUUUGGAUUGUGUUUCCGUAAUCUUGGGCAAGACCUGUUCUCUUUGCCAUUCGUUGUACAGUCCCUCCUAUUGCAUCACAGGGUCUUUUCCCGUGGAAGAUGGCAAAGAAAUGCCAUUCUGCUUCUAGCCCGUAAACUUUUUUGAAAUAACACAGACUGGCGAAAUUCUUUUUGUUGUUGUAGUGUGCUGCUGUUCCAUCGAACAUGAAAGUUAUUUUAGUAUAAUCGUUAUUUUUCUGACAAAUUUUAUCAAUUUUUUGAUAAGCAACUGCACUGCCACAGUGUCGUGUAUUAAAACUUCGAAAACAACUUAGUUUUCUAGUUUACCAUUUUUUUGUAGUAUAUUUCAAAUGGACGAAUAGGUGCUUGCGAGUUAUUCCAGUGAUAACCCUGUGCCGCAUUUUGAGUUAUGGAUGGAUAAUUCUCUGAAAAAUCACAAAUUACUAUUAUUUCUCUUUGCGACAGAAAUUCUUUUUUAUUUCGCCAAAAAAAAAGAUUGCUGUUUGUAAAUAAAGUCAUGCUCCAUGAGUUAGUCUACUUUAUCAACGAAAUACAGCACAAAUUCAUCGAUUGAUUUUCAAAUCGUUUCCAAAUUACAACGGUCUGUGGUCAGCCAUUGUUGAAAAACUAUUUCUUCUUUUCCGCUUUCCUCUAAUAGAAAAGUUGUUUCUUCAUGAAUUGAUAUUUUGGAAACACCAUCCUUACAAGCACGAAAUGGCAAUCUGUGACGUUAUAGAACACAACAAAGCAUUUUCCCAUGACUACUGUAUGCGAAAUCGUUCUCAAACUGUUAUCCAUUAAUUUUACAUUUUCAUGAAUGAUACAUACACAAACAUUGUGGGUUCCUGUACCAUCAAGUAAUAUACAGUGCUUUGGUCGCAACUGGUCUAACUUACGGUUACACUUGGGGUUGUUAAUACCAGCACUGCAUUUGAGAUCCUUGCAAAUCCUGGAGAUCACGGCUUUAUUCAUGUUGCUAAACAAUGUCACACUUUUCUUUGUUGAAUUCUGAUGAAAAUUACGCAGAAACAAUGUAAUGCUAUUUCUUUUCCGCCACUUCACAUUCGCUGCCGGUCACGACUGGUAAUUUUAAAACAACUGCAGAGCCAUUUUAUUCAUCCUUUAGGUAUCUAUACAAUCCAUUUCUUAUUAUCAUAUCUACAGUGACACUUAAUAGAUAUCUAAAUCUACAACAACUAUUUGAUACCUGACCGACCGAUCAAGAGAUUUUUGGCAGAUGGCUAUUGUUUGAGAGCUAUCGUUGCUCUCUGAAUUGAAACAUAUUAUGAAACCAUUAAAUG